AUAACUUGGCGUGCGGCGACUACAAGAGUUUUCCCACGCUCGUGUCCUACAUAGAUAACACACGGACCACACCGCAGCAGACGUCGACAACAUGAUCCUACUCGAGGCCCAUAAUCUCAUCAUCCAGACGACUCUUGCUGAGAAGAUCGCGAAGCCGUCGUCUCUCGAUAUUCUUUUUGUAGAUUUCGAUGGCGUGAGGUUUCAUCUGUCGACGCCAGAAAAGAAGACCGUGGUUCAGCUAUCCAUGAACAUCCGAUGCUGGGAUGAGCUGGUUACGUACGGCGCGAUGCAGGUAUUGCAACGGGAGUAUGGCCCGCUCAUUAAGCAGCAGACGGAGCCGGAAUAUAACAUCAGUCUUGAUAUAGAUAUUGAUCAGGUACCAGCCGAUGAAGAGAGCAGGGAAGCAUUCAUAAAAUCCAUCUCGCUAUUCAAGCGAAAUGCUCUAGCAGCACCGUUCGAGCUCGCGUUUAAGCAGCAGAAGGAGCUGGAGGUAUCAGGUGGUGGACAGGGGCAGUUGAUGCAGAUACACUACCGCGACGAGGAAGCAAUCUACAUCCAAGCAUCCCCAGACCGUGUCACGGUCAUAUUUUCGACCGUCUUCAGGGAGGAAACUGAUCGUAUCUUUGGAAAGGUCUUCUUGCAGGAAUUCGUGGACGCACGACGGCAGCCCAGUAUCCAAAAUGCCCCGCAAGUUCUUUACACGAACCGCGACCCACCGUUGGAAAUCCGCGAUCUCGCAGGUCUACGGAACACUGAUGACAUCGGCUAUGUCACAUUUGUCCUCUUUCCUCGCCACUUUGCGAAUGCCGAUAUUUCGUUCACUACGAUAUCACACAUACAACUAUUCCGUGACUACUUGCACUACCACAUCAAGUGUUCAAAGGCAUAUAUGCACUCUCGUAUGCGUCACAGGGUUGCGGAGUUCCAAAAAGUCUUGAAUCGCGCGAAGACGGAGGUGGCCACGACCGAACGCAAGACUGUCACUGGUAGAACUAUGACGAACCGUUGAGAUGGAUGGACAAGGUACUUUACCCCACGUCAUGUAACUUUAGUAUGUAGUAAUUGUAGGAGAUUUUCGACUUGUCUUCAGCUCCUCGAUAAUUGGGGAGAUUUUCUCACGCCUA